AUGGCACCCCCUGCACUACGUCCUGAAAAUGCUUUGAAAAGAGCCGAUGAAUUAAUCUCGGUUGACCAGCAUCAAGCUGCUCUUCAAACAUUAUAUGAGUAUAUAACGGCAAGAAGAAUCCGUUGGGCUGAACCAUCUACUGUUGAACCUAUUGUGUUCAGAUUCUUGGAAUUAGGUGUCGAAUUGAAGAAAGGAAGAUUAAUUAAAGAUGGUUUACAUCAAUACAAGAAAUUGGUUCAAGGUACUCCUGAAGGUUUAGUCUCUGUAGGUGCUGUUGCUCGUAAGUACAUCGACACGGUGGAAUUGAAAAUGUCAUCUGAACAAGCUAAAGCUCAAGAGACUCAUAAGGAGGAAGAAGAUGAAGAUUUAGAUGGUGGUGUCACUCCAGAAAAUUUACUUCUUUCAGUCUAUGAAUCAGAUCAAUCCAUUGGUGGGUUCAAUGAUGAAGCUGUUACUUCUUGGAUGAAAUUCACUUGGGAAUCCUAUAGGGCUGUUUUGGAUCUAUUGAGAAACAAUUCUCAAUUGGAAAUUACUUAUUCUGGUGUGGUUAACAGAUCAAUGAAUUUCUGUCUAAAAUACAAGCGUAAGAAUGAAUUCAAGAGAUUGGCAGAAAUGUUGCGUCAACACUUGGACGCUGCUAAUUACCAGCAGAGUAAAAGCGGUAAUAACAUUGUUGAUUUGAGCGAUCCUGAAACUUUACAACGUUAUUUAGAUCAACGUUUCCAUUUGGUUAAUGUCUGUGUUAAGUUGGAAUUAUGGCACGAGGCUUUCAAGGCUAUCGAUGACGUUUACCAUUUAAUGAAAAUGUCUACACGUCCUACCAAACCCUCUACUUUGGCCAACUACUAUGAAAACUUAGCUAGAGUGUUUUUCGUCUCUGAUAACCAAACUCUACACACUGCCGCUUGGGAGAAGUUUUACAAAUUGUACACUACCAACAAAAAUGCUACCGAAGAACAAUUAAGCAAGUAUGCAUCAAUUAUUUUGCUUUCAGCUCUAGCGGUACAACCAGAUUUCCUACCCACUGUUGGUUUCGAUCCUCAAAUGCGUCUAAACCGUUUGUUGGAUUUCGAAACUAAGCGUACUAGAAAGGAUACUAUCGAAUCUGCUUUACGCGAAGAUGUAUUCAAGAGGGUUGAUGCUGACAUCAAGGAAUUUUACGAAAUUCUAGAAGUCAAAUACGAUUUCGACAGCAUCAAGGAACAAUUGACCCAGUUGCUGCCAAAAUUGGAGCAAAAACCAUAUUUCAGUCAAUACGCCGAUUCCUUGAAAAACGUGAUUGUCAGAAAGUUGCUUGUCAGUGCAUCUCAAAAGUAUACUACUGUGAGCACUGAUGAACUUUAUGACGCUGUUAGCCUACCUAGUCCAUUGUCCAUGUCUUAUUGGGACAUUGAAAAGGGUUUGUUGCAAGCUGCCAUUGAGGAUUACAUCUCUUUCAGCAUUGAUCACGCUUCCAACACUGUUACUUUUGCCAAGGAUCCAUUUGAGAUCUUUGCCAGCGGUAACGAAGAGGCACAAGAGACUGAACAAGCAGAAGAUGAAGAAGAAUCAGAUGCUGAAAGUGUCAAAGAAGAUGAACAUACCGGUAAGGAAGGUGAAGGUGAUGAAGCAACAGGUGAACCAGAACCAGUUGUGAUCACACGCAAUACCUUUAUCCGUAACAAGCUUGCACAAUUGUCUGAGAGAUUGCAGGAGGAAGAGGAUUUCAAGGAUGGUUCUUAUCUGGAAAAGGUCAAGGUUGCUCGUGAAAGUUUGAUAAAACAAACCCAAGAAAUUAUCGAUAACGCCAAGAAGUAUGCUGAAGAACGUGCCAAGAAAUCUCAUGAACAAAGACAAAAGACUCUAGCCUCUGCUGCUGAAAAUGCUGAGCAAGAUGCUGAAUUGAGACAACAACGUAUGCUAGAGGAGAAGGCUGUCAUCGAGGCUAAGAUGGAGGAAGAUGCUCAACGUCGUUUGGUGGAAAGGAAGAAGCGUGAAUUGGAAGCUCUUAAGGAAGUCGAAUUGAAGAAGUUUAUCAAAGAGAUCAACGACAAGGGUCAUGCUCAAAUCGAUCCCGAGGAUGCAAAGAAUAUGGACAUUGCCGAUAUUCGUAAGAUCAUUGUGGAACAAUUAUCUAAGGAUAAGAAGGAUUUAGAAGAACGUAUGAACUAUUCAUUAAAGAAAUUAGAUCAUACUGAAAGAGCAUUUAGAAAAGUGGAAUUACCAGCGUUACAAAAGGAGGCUGAUGCUAUGAGUGCGGCCGACUCCACCAGACGUGAACAAUUGAAGGCAAAGAUCAUCCAAACCGCUAAGGAGGAACAUGAAAAUAAGGUUGCUGAUUACGGUCGUUUGACAGGUGUCUUUGAGGACUACAGGGGAUUGAAAACUCGUUUGCAGAAGGCUCACGAGGAGAAGGUUGGUAACGCUCUCGCUGAAAGACGUGCAGCAUUUGAAGAAGCUAAAAACGCACGUAUUGCAGAAGUUCGCCGUCAACGCUACGAAGAGUUAUUAGCUAAACAUAAGGAAGAAGAAGCCACUAGAGAAAGAGAAGAACGUGUUCGUAAAUUACUUGAAGAAAGAAAGAAACAAGAUGGUGUUUCAAGUGAGCAAAGAGAAACGCAAGGUGCAGCCGUCAAGGAACAGCAACAAGCACAACCACCAAAACCUUCAGGCCAGCCACUUACUUAUGCAGAAAAACUCAGAGCUAAACAAGCAGCAGCAGCUGCCGCUAACGCAAACGGCGGUGCUGCUCCAGCUCCAACUCCAGCUCCAACUCCAGCUCCAACUCCAGCUCCAACUCCAGCAGCAGCUCCAGCUGCGUCAACUUCAAAUCCAUUCGGUGCAGCUAAACCAAGAUCAAAGGAAGACUUGGAUAGAGUUGCUCAAAGACAAAGAGAAAUGGAAGAAGCAGCUGCCAAGAAGCAACAAUCAGCACCAGCACCAGCAGCUGCACCAACACCAGCACCAGCAGCAGCACCACCUGCAACUGAACAGAAGCCAAAGUCUGGUAUGACAUUUGCAGAAAAGAUGAGAGCUAGAAGAGCAGGUGGACAAAAAUAA